UCCUCUCGACCUUCUGAUACAAUUUCAGAGCCCUCCUUUUUCGACCCCACACAACUACACAUAACACCCACGUCUCAUAGAUUUCAUUUCCCCCCUUCUUCUUCUCCACCUUUCUCACCGCCCAGCUGCACUGCCCUACUCCCUUCCCUUUUGCUUUUUCGGCUUCCUUUCAUUUUCCUUCUUUUUUGUUUUUUGCUUGCUUGCUUCAACUCACUGUGUAUCCAAGUUUCCUUCUCUCUUUCAUCUAUAAUUGCUGCCUCCGCCUCUCUCUCUGGAUUCCCUACAAGAUCUCCUCGAGCCCUUCGUUUUCACCCUAAUUAUUAUUUCUCUGUCCCUCUCUCUCUCUCUCUCUCUCUCUGCGCGUGGUUGGGCUGUAGGAUACAGCAGAUUUCUCUCCUUCUCCUCUCCCUCCUCUUUCUCUCUCUAGACUCUAGAGCCUGUCUACAUUGCUUUUCUUUUUAUUCUCCAUCGUUUGUCGUUUCUGCGGUGUAUGAAAAGAAAUAAUAAUAAAAGAGAGGAAGAGAGGGGGAAGAGGAAAAAUCAACAGUUGUGGCUACUGCAAGGGGCGGUGCCAGUAGUGGCAGUGGUAGGCAGCUGCUGUUAUCCGCCGAUUCCGGGGCCUUCGCUGACUGGACGCCCUCCACGUCAGCAGCCAUCCACUCCGACGACCUCUCCCUCGGCUUCAAUGCCGCCCCCUCCGCUGCCGCCGCUCCACCCUCCUCCGUUGUCACCGGCGCCACCUGGUCCAACUCUCGCAACCACCACCACCACCACUCGCAGCAGCAGCAACAACAUAUUAACUAUGGACUUCCUCCUGAAAUGGGCAUGUUCGUGGUCGCUCCUUACCACCACCACCACAGCGGCCACGACAUCAAUCUCGCCAAUUCAGAUCCAAUUUCCUCCACCGCCCUCGGGGUUGGGAUGGGCGUGAACGUAAUCCCGCUACUCUCCGCCGCUCCUUGCCUCCCGCCGGACGACGACGGCGGGUGCUACCCUAACGCCGUCCGCGGCGGCGGGAAGGUGAGUAGCGGGAUACAGUUCUGGCAGAGCCAGCAGCAGUUUUCUAAUUCUAACAAUAAUAACAGCAGCAUGAAGAAGAGUAAUGCUUCCCCUCCGAAUCUCGACGACAAUUCUGCGGUUCUGCUUCAAGGAGGCGGCGGUGGAGGUGGGGGAGUAAUUGGUGGCGGCGGGAUGAUGAUGAGUUCGAGCUCGAUGGCGACGUGUCAGGAUUGCGGGAACCAGGCGAAGAAAGACUGUCCGCACCGGAGGUGCCGGACUUGCUGCAAGAGCCGAGGGUUUGACUGUGCGACCCACGUGAAGAGCACGUGGGUUCCCGCCGCGCGGCGGAGGGAGCGGCAGCAGCUGUCGACCGGUGGUGGUGGUGGUGGUGGUGCCGGCGGGUCUUCUGCGUCUACUUCUGGUGCCAAGAAACCUAGGCUCGUUACGGCUUCUCAGACCACCACCACUUCCCAUACUUCCACUUCCAACACCACUCCGUCAAGAAGCUUCGACACCACUUCCAGCCAUCAAGAUGCUGGAGUAAUGAGGGAGUCCCUGCCGGGACAAGUACGUGCGCCGGCGGUGUUCAGGUGCGUAAGGGUGACGGCGGUGGAGGAUGGGGAGGACGAGUAUGCGUAUCAGGCGGUGGUGAAGAUUGGAGGCCACGUCUUCAAAGGAGUUCUGUAUAAUCAAGGACCUGAAACCAGUAGCAGUACAAGAGAUGGGACCUUCCCCAACUUGUCUGAGUUGCAUUUGGGUGGCGGAGGAGGAGGUGGCGGCGGCGGUGGUUCAUCUUCGUCUCCGAUCAUGGAUCCGUCGGAUGUUUACGGUGGUGGUGCUUCCGGCGGGUUGCGUGGAGGAUCGACGUAUGGACAUCCCAUGAACUGAUCGAUGAUCUGAUGAGAGGAAACAGCACACACACACAGAAAGGUUUCUUUAAUUCACUAGUGAAACCCCUUCACUAAUAACUGGUUUACUCCCUAAUAGCCUGCUAAUUAAUUGUUGUAGGGUUCUUUCUUAUCUUUCCCUAGUCUUUUUUGUUUAGCUGGAUAUUGGGACAUCUCUAAUUUCUCCCGCCAUAACUGUGUUUUAUUGUGUUGUUAAUUAGUUCUUUUUCAUAUUUCUUGUCUUUUUUUCUUUCUUCAUGUUUAAUCAGUUCAUUAUUGUAAUUAUAAUGACUACUUUUUUUCCGCCAAACAUUCACAUGCGUGAUGUGAUCUAUU